AUGCGGGACAAAUUCAGCGGAGCCGCAAUCGCCAGGCUAGACUUUGUAGGAGCCGCCGUGCUCCUCGCAGCAUCGAUCCUUCUCGUCUUUGGCUUCGAGGAGGCCGGCUCAAGAUAUCCGUGGAACAGCCCCAUCGUCAUUUCGACGAUUGUUUGCGGAGGCAGUCUCUUUUUGGCCUUCAUUGCAUGUGAGUACGUGGUUGGCAAGCCAAAGUAUCCACAAGAGCCCGUAUUCCCUCUGCGAUUGUUGAAGGAUCGACACUUUGUUGGCCUGUUUCUAACCGCCUUCUUCACCGGCCUGCCGUUCAUGACCGCCUUAAUCAACCUCCCGCAGCGCUUCCAGGCCGUCCACGGAUUGACAUCCUUCGCUGCGGGCGUCCACACGCUACCUCUCCUCCUCAGCUCCCCACUUGCCGCCGCAGUGUCUGGCCCGUUGACCACCAAGAUGGACGUGCCGCCUUUCUAUCUGUUGCUAUUUGGGACGUGCAUGCAGAUUCUGGGCGUGGGUCUCGCUAGCUCCGUAACUCCCGAUAGAUUAAGAGACUUGCUGGGCAUCGAAGCGAUCAUGGGCUUUGGCUUUGGUAUGACACUGGUGACGGUUCUCAUCUAUGUCCCUUUCCUGGUUGACCGGCGGGGCCUUGAGAUGCAAUCCAUUUCCGAUUCGGUUCAGUUCAUGGACAGCCUGCCAGCCCCCACACGGACUGCCGUUCGAUCCGUGUUCAGCGAGGGUUACAACAAACAGCUCCGUACCAUGCUCUACUUUAGCGUCGCCGUUCUCGUCUCCCUGACAUUGAUGUGGGAUCGAAACCUUAAACGGGCCCGUGACAUGAAGGGGUAUUGA